AUGGACGAGAAUACUAGUUGUUUUGAAUGUAGAAUCCUCAUUACUCAACGAGGAUACCGAUGUGCAGAAUGUACUCAAUUUUUCAAAAAAGACAUACUGUUUUGUGAAGGAUGUUUUCCUAGUUUUCACAAAGAAACUAAACAUCAAGCAAUACCAUUUGAUCAUACAAAUUCUUCGAAUAACAGAAUAAUUAAUUCAAUUAUCAAAUUCGAAAAUUCACAUAUUUUGAUACCAACUGGUGCUCCAUCAAUUUUAUUUCCGGUAAAUGAUGAAAAUUCAUCUGUUUGGAAAAGGAGUGAUUUUUCCGAAAUAUCUUAUCUAUCAGCAAAUGAAAAACUUCUAUUAAAAGAUAGUAUACCCUUUAUUUGUGAUUAUUUACGUAUGAACAAUUCAUUACAAAAUCUAAUUAGUGAAUUACAUCUUAAUAUUUGUUCUACUGAUAUUAUUAUAUCAAUUCUUAAAUAUUCUUCAUUUGAUAUAAGAAUAUCAAUUAUUGAACAACUUUCAAUGUUUCAACGACCUAUUCCAAUCUAUUUUGGAGUUCCAUCAAAUGAUCAUUCAUCAAUAAAAUAUUAUUUUCUAAUGCAUGAAACAUUACAUGCUCUUCUAUCGUACAGUUAUCAAAAAACUCCAUUUGUUCUGUCAUUUGGUAGUUCAUCGUGUCGAGAUAAAACAAUAUUAUUGAACAAAAUACUCAAAACAAACUUUGAUUGUCAUAAUCGAACUGAAUUUAAUUCUGAAAAAGCAUCAAAUUAUUAUCAUAAUCAAUUAAUACAAAUAAUACUCGGUCAUCAAUAUCUAACUGUGAGUGGAAAUGAUCAUGAUAUUCGACAUACGUAUCGAUAUCAUGUACUUGAUCUACAUGGUUUUCACGAUUGGAAUCAAAUGCCAAAUCUUUUUAUUCAAUUCAUGAGUGUAAUCAUGAUUCAUAUCGAUGUUUUAGAGGUCGAUAAAAUAGAUUCAUUUUCAUGGAAUAUGAUAACAUUCAAUCGAACUGCAACAUAUAUUAUUUUCAUUCAUGGACAAGUGUUAGAUUCGAAAGUUGAAGCACUUUUUCAUUCAAUAAUUUCAAAAUAUUUCGGGCCAAACGAAAAAAAUGUGCAUUUUGUAUUAGCUAACCCAAUUUUGAAAGCAGAAAAUAAUAUUUCGUUAUUAGGAUUGGUUAAUUUGCUGAAACAAGCUACUGUUCCGAGCGAUUUAUUAUUCAAUAUCUCAGAAAAAGUUGUAAAAGAAAAAAAUAUUAAUUUAUCAACAAGUAUCAGCGCUCUAAUUAGAAGUAGAGGAUUGCUGGAAGAAUUUCGAUCUCAAUUAAAUACACUAUCAUCAAAUGAUCCAGCUUUAGAUUUAUUUCCUCUAUGUCGAUUAAAGGAAAUAUCUGAAAAAAUAAUUCUUUCUUCGGAAAAUAAACAAUUAAAAGACGAACUUACAAAAAAACGUCACGAUCAAGCAUUUAAAGUUGCACAUCCAAUACUCAUUCAAUUAGCUGAACGAUCAAUAAAUGAUGAGAAUGAUAUGAAUUUAUUCGAAAAAUCGAUCUUAUUAUGGAAUACAACUUUAUGGGAAAAGAAACAACAAGAAGAGAAAAAACCACCACUAUCCAUAUGGCAACAGCUUGAAAUGAGUAAAGAACGAUUUUUAAGAGAAUUUCAAGAACGCAGUCGAGAAUACAAGAAUCUUAAUGGAACAGAUUGUUCAUUCGAUGACAAAAAUCUAAUGAAACAGGCAUUGAUUAAAAUCUAUCGACAUGCAUUUGAAAAACAACAAUAUAUUGAAAUAAUCAAUGCAACAUCAUCGACUGUUUAUCCAGAAGUAUUUCAAGAAGCAUUUUUGCCAAAUUUCGAUUUAAAAGGUUUCUUUGUCAUUGGAAUUAUCGGUGAACAGAGUGGAGGUAAAAGCUUUGCUAUGAAUAAAAUAUUUGGAACUAAAACAGCUGAAUCGAAAUUUAAAUGUACAACUGGAAUUUUAGCUACUCGAGUUAAAGUUAUUGGACAUGAAAAAGUUAAAAAUAUCGUUAUUCUUGAUACAGAAGGUCUUCUAGAUCGAACUAAAAAGGAUGCUGAAGCACAAAUAUUCGAUCGUAAAAUUGUUCUUCAAGUUAUGGCACGAUCUCAUCUUGUUUUAAUCAAUAUUACCAGAAACGUUAAUAAAACAAUUCAAAAAAUUUUAGAAGUCGUUUUAUAUGGUUUAAAUAAACUGGAAAUAACGAAUAAACCAAAACUUAUAUUUCUUUUUCGGGAUCAAGAUCCGAGUACAAUGGGUGUUGCCGGACAACGAGGUCAUGUUGAAGGAGUUAUCAAUGAUAUUAACGAAGCUUGUCAAAAUUUUCACUUUGAUGUUACAGAAUUUAUUAGUGGAUAUGAUAUUCAUGAAUUUUCUUCACCGUUUGCCGAUGUUGCCGUUGGAGAAAGAGUAAUAUCCUUUUUCAGUCAUAAUUUUUGUCUACAAGCGUUAUCAUUAAGACGAAAAAUUAUUGAGCAAUUGUCAUCGCUAAAGCCGUAUCCAUCAUUCGAACAAUGGGUUUCAUUUACAUUGGAAUUGUGGAAACAAAUUAAUCAAAAUUCAAAUCUAUUUGAUUAUGAAUCAUUGUUACACCUUACUCUUGAAAAAGAUUUAGAAGCUUUUUGUAAUCACAUAUUAACUACAGCUAAUGAUAAAAUGAGAGAUUUGACUUCAAAUAUUCUAGAGAAUCAUUUAGGAAACAUCUAUGAUGAUGAUCAAAUUUUAGCAACAAUUAGACAACAACUUGCUGAGAAGAAAAAUAUACUCAAGAAAACUUUAUUAGAAACUGAAUUGCCAGAGAAAAAAAUUGAUUUAAUGAGAAAGUAUAAUCUUCAAUUAUUUCCUGAAGCUUUAUGGAACAGCACAACAUCGAGAAUAAUGUCCUCGAUAGAUUUGUAUGAAACAGAUUAUUGCAUGGCAGCAAAACGACAAGUUCAACAAGAUGAUUUUCAAAGAAAAUUGCAUGAAAUACCAAAAGAUUUAUCAAGAAGAAUAAAAGAAAUACAAAAUGUCGCUCAAAAUACUACACAGUUCGAGAACUUAUUUAAUAAUACUAGUACAAUAUUGAAAAACAACUUUAGAACAAUGUUGAAAAAUGAUUACAAAAAACAAGCAGAAUCUUUACAAUAUCAAUUGAUAGAAAAUUUUCUCCGACAAAAUAGCAUUGACAAUGUUGGUGAACAAUAUUUUCGUUUUUACAUUGGAGACGAAAUGCUAAAACAGUUUGUUGAAAUAACUUUAAAUCAACAUCUCGUAAGUACAGCUGCCUUGCCAAUAUCUUCACAGGUUGUAUCGCUUAUACAACCAGACUCACUAUCAACUUCCUUACUUCCGCAUGGUACUAGCUUUUGGAAAAACCUACUAACACGUUUUAGUCAUAAACUACAAAAAUUUCUGGGCUCCAAAAACUCAAAUAGCAAUGUUGACUGCACACUGGAAGAAAUGCUCUCUGUAUUGAAUGGAGGAUAUAGAAAAUUACGCAACAGUCUAUACUACGACAACAAUCUUUUACCUAUUCCAACAGUGGCAAAUGAUUCUGUUGAAUACAUACAAAAUCGUAUCAAACGUAAUAAUUUAACAAAUCAAGAUUUAAAAAACUUUUGGAUUACAUGUUAUGGAAUUAUGCUUAAUUUAUUCUGUGAAAAUCAUCGGAAUUAUAUUAUUAAAAAACUCACAGAUGAAUUCGAUCAGGAAAUCAUUCGUAGCAAAGAAGAAGUUAGACAAAGUAUUACAAACGCUACAACAGCUGAAGAACAUGGUGAAGCUUUAAUAAAACAAAUAUGGGCAAUAAUUGAAAAUGACAUUGAGAAACAUUUUCAGAAUCAACUGGAAAUUUUUUUUUCUACUUGGAAUGAUUAUCGUCCGUCAAUUAUAGCAGAAAAUUGUGUAAAUCAACUGUUUCGAUCAAAGAACUAUCAAUUGAUGUGGAAAUAUAUUAAAAAUCCAAUUGAGUAUGUUAAAGAUUGGCUUCGCACUCAAUUUAACGAUCAAUAUAAAAGUCAGCUUACUAAAACAAUUAAUAGUCUUGCGUUACAUCUGAAAGAAAAGAAAAAACAAUUUCUACGAAUGAUUCUUUCAUGGAAAUCAACUAUUGAAGCUUCUAAUAUUCAACUAUCGAACACAAAACUCAAUCAAUGUCUUAUCGAGUUUUUAACCAAUGGAAAAUAUGUAACAGAUGAUUUCAAAUUAGAAGAAGGAUCAGGUGGCUUUUCAUCUUUGCAGUCUAAAACAAUUAGAACAAUUCCAGAAGAUGCCGAUAAAUACCAUCUUUUAAGAGCUAUUCAGUCAACAUCUGAAAAAAUCGAAUCCGGUGAUAAUAAACAUGUAACAGAAACCAUGGAAAAAUUAAUUAACAGUGAGCCAAUGAAGGAUCGUUUAUUUGAAGGAUUUUAUAACAAAGCAAAAGGCUGCGGAACACCUUGUCCAUAUUGUAAACAAAUGUGUGAUAACGAUAACGAGAAUCAUACUGAACACCGCUCCAGCUAUCACCUCCUCUGGGUUUUUACCGGUUAUCGGGGCAAAGAUACGAAAAAGCCAUCUUUAAUUUGCUGCACAUCAAAUGAAGCGUUCGAACGUACUGUUCAGUCCAUAACUGAUAAUGAAACAUAUAUACCAUUUUCUGACCAUAUAAAAAGAUUUAAUUCGUCAUGGAAAAUAAUUAAUCUGCAAACACAACUAGAAGAUUUUCAAUUAAAAGCAUAUAUUGCACUGGAAGAAGAUUUGGCACAAUUUUAUAACUUCGAAGGACGAGCAGAUGUUGAAAUCCGCAAAAAAUUUUUACGGACUGUAGUAACAGCUUAUUGUUAUUCGUUACUCAUCGGCAUUGAUUAUGAAAAUACACCUCAUAGUCUCGAUGGAAUUCCAACCUUUGAUGUAUCGUGUAUUGAAAAACAACUUAUGGGUUCUUCUAUAGCAUAUGCAGAAAACAUAUGUGUCCUCAAGAACGAUGAAGCUACUAAAGAUAAAAUUUUAGACAAAUUACAAAACAUUGUUGACAAUCUGGAUGAACGUUCAACGUUCAUAUUCUAUUUCGCU